ACAAGGACACCGUGGAGCAGAUUAAGGCUGCAGCUCAAUCACUUGGCGCCCCCAGGGUGCUCGACCUCUGCACCGUGGAAGAGUCCAUGAAAAUUGGACGGGCAGAAGAAAGAAAAAAGGAUCUCUGCUGCAGAACAAAUGAUGAUCAGUCUUCAGUCCAUCAAACAGCUGUGGAUGGACAGGGUGGGCUGUGAUGUCUGCUUGGAAGCUAUCGGACAAUCACUCCAUGUUCACAGAGUCAUCCUGGCUGCAAGUAGUGACUACUUCCGCAGCAUGUUCACCCUGGGGAUGAGGGAGUCACUUCAGCCUUGUGUGACUCUCCCCUUCCUGUCAGCUUCAGAGUUGGAAGUCCUGAUAGGUUGCUCCUACAGCGGAGCUCUGCCUCUCAGCUGGUCGUGCGUCUUUGAGAUUACCAGCACUGCUCUGCAGCUCCAGUAUCAACCAGCCCUCUCCCUGUGCCUUAACUUCCUGCAGCAAGAAAUGAAUCCCAACUCCUGCCUGGAUGUGGUGUCUUUUGCUGAGGCUUACGAGAUGGUGCAGCUUCUUGAAGUUGCGGAGGAUUUUGUCUUGCGACAAUUCCAAAAGGUAGCAUGCACCUUAAAGUUCAAGGACCUGCCAGCCAAACAACUCCUUAAGUACCUGAACAGUCACUCACUAUGUGUUCCAUCUGAGCUUAUUGUAUUCAAAGCAGUGGUGGCAUGGAUUCAAGCUAAGCCAAAGAUAAGGCUUAAACUUGCUAAGGAACUGAUGAAAACUAUCCACUUUCCCUUGAUGACGUUCAAGGAAUUCAAAGAGGUCCAGUCUCUGAAUAUGUGGUCUGAUCACAGCCUGGUUGAGCUCUACGAAACAAUUUUUGAGGAUUUCUGCUCCAGUGAGACUACAUCGCAGAGUCAGUGCCGGAUCUAUCUGCCAAAGGAGAGUCUGGUCUUGAUUGGAGGUGACCAGAUCUCUGAAGACCUAGGUAGCCGUAGCAUCAGCAGAGAACUCUGGUUUGGGAAUUCCCUGAGAAAUCAUACAGGGAUAAAAAAGGCUAUGGAGUGGAGACGGCUGGGAGAAAUGCCAGAGCCAGAGAGGUUCAAACAUGAGGUGGCAGUGCUCAAAGGACAACUGUACGUGUUUGGGGGCAAGAAGUACUAUGGCACCAGAGACACCCUGAGUUCUGUUUACAGGUAUGACCCCUGUCAAAACAGCUGGGAGAGCCUGGCUGAAAUGCAGGAAAAGAGAUGUUCCUUCUCUGUGGUUGUAUUGGAUGGAAAGAUAUAUGCCAUCGGUGGGCACUGUGACCCUGAGUAUAUAGAUAGCGUGGAACAAUAUUGCCCCACUACAAACUCUUGGAGCUUCACAUGGCCCUUGGAUCUGCCUCUGAGUGGUCAUGUGGCAAAAGUUUUACAAGGGCAGAUCUUCAUCUCAGGAGGACUGUACAGUGACUACAGGUGUCUUGCAUCUAUGUUUCUGUACCACCCAGAGACAGGGAGCACCUAUCUGGCAAACAUGACUAGACCGCGGUGUCAUCACUGCAUGGAAACCCUGGGUGAUCGUCUUUAUGUAGCAGGUGGAAUCACCACAGAUGAAAACAUGGCCGUUGUUGACCAGCUAGCCUGUGAGGUGUACAAUCCAGCAGAUGACUCCUGGACUGCCUUCACGUCUCUACCAGUGCCACACGCUGGGGCAGGAAGUGCAGUUUUGGAGGGAAAGUUUUAUGUGCUGGGUGGAUACAGCCGAGAGGACUACAGCGACACUAAAAUGGUCCAUCGGUAUGAUCCCACCAUACAGAGAUGGGAGAACAUGGGCAAGAUGCCUGGGCCGAACAAUGACAUACGAGCAUCUGUGCUGUGCUUGCCAUCACAUUUUCGUUUGUAAGACAUGAAAUGCAGUAUCUCACUUACUGUUUUUUCAAGUUUUAAUGAUACUGAAUUUCAGGUUACUUAUUGCAUGUAAAUCACAAUGCUGUUUUGUAAUUUUGCAAACAUUCUUCCAUUGUAGAGUGAAGGAUAUUAACAAUAUGAUGCCUUACAGUAACUUGAUAUCCUGAUCAAGAUAAAUGUAUUUUACACGGUGUAUGAAUUAAACCUUUAGGCAUGCCAGAUGUACUAUAUCUAUGAAUUGCAGUGCAUUUUGUUGCUAUGAAUUCAACUUAACUAUUUUCUAUUCAAAAGGAGCAGCAAUAAAAUUGUUGAUAAUUAUUUCCAUAACAAAGAUAUUAUGUAAAUAUUUUUACACUCAUAACUGCAAUAACUAUAUAUGAACACAAGAGGGAGCUGCCCCACAUAUGUUCAUAGCAUGUUCAUUGUUGCAACACUUCUAAACACACUUGUAAAUGAGUUAACAGAGACUGGAAAACAUAUGAUGGAAUGAGUUUAUUGUUUUGCAUUAAUUAUUCUGAAGCUUCAUACAUAUGUACUUUCAAUAAAAGUUACCUUACAAUAAAAAA